GAGUUGGAUAUAAAUGCUUCUCUUCCCUUUCGUACAUUUCUUUCUAGUUAUUGCGCUGUGCUCGAUGCAUUCGAUUCACUUGCUCUGCAGGAUAGUCAGCGUACAAGGUUGGUCUACCAGCGUCAGCGACAACAAAGGCUUCAAAGAAGAGGUGGUGAUGGUACGUUGCUCGAUUAUAAAAGCUCUAGGGCAAUUCCAAUCAAAAUAUAUUGUGCAAUCAAGUAGCAGAUUGUUUUCUUAUGAUAAUGGCAAUUGGUGUCAGUUAACUGCCGAGGAAGGUGAAACUUCGAAACCAAGCACAAGGAUUGCUACUAUUUCGAAAUCGGGUGAAUGGGUAGCUCAAGAUGCUCAAUUCGAAAAGGUUGAACUUCAGACAGCACUUCCAAAGCAGAGGGAAAAUUAUAAAAAAGAAAUCCCUAAAGAAGCUUCAUGUUCCAGGGCAAAACAAAGAACCGUCUCUCUCAAAAUCAACUGCAAAAACACCUUCUCUUCCUCGGAAACCCACACUGCUCAAGAGCCCCAGCUUCCACCCAAGGACGGGAAAAAUGAGACCAUCAUGAUGAAGUUCUGAUCUGAUUAUAAAGACGAUUUUGUCGAAAAACAUGCGGUGAAAUUAAGAUUUAUGUCAGCGUUUGAAACAGGGAGUACCAAGGUCUUGUUUUGUUGUGGUACCCGUCAAUCGCAAUGCUGAAACAAUGAACUUUGCUGAGAUAGAGAAAGAGAUCAAUGUUUUGUUCGCAUAUCCAUCGAGGUCGUGACUUCAAUGCUACGCCAUCCAUCUUUAAUAGGUAAUUCGCUCUCUUGAUAUAUGUUCAGAAAUUUCAGUAAAACAUAGACGGAAUGAUCUUGGGGAAUCAGUGGGUGGCACGUGAAACAAAAUUUACAACCUUAGAGGUGCAUAAAAGGAUAUAGCUGUACAUUAAUUAAAGAAAUAUAUAUUUUAACAA